AUGGACUCGCACACUCUUUUCCGUGACCUCAGGAAUGACCUGAUCGCCGCUUUCCUCGAGUUUAUAGGAACUAUCGUGUUUCUCGUCAUUGGCAUGGGCGGCAUACAAGCCGCAUCAAUGUCUUCCGUGACUGGGGGUGCCGUGCCGGUCAAUCCAGUGCCGUCAGUCGAACACCUGGUCUACAUCGCCGCCUCCAUGGGACUUGGGUUGCUGGUGUCAGCCUGGCUCUUCUUUCGCGUCACAGGUGGCGUUUUCAACCCGGCAGUUUCGACCGCCCUUCUACUUGUCGGCGCCAUCGGUCCCAUUCGCUUCAUCCUUUACUGCCUGGCCCAGAUCUUGGGGGCCAUCGCUGCCUCUGCUAUUCUACUCGGGCUGCUCCCUGGACAGUUGAACGUUACACCCUCCUUAGGGCCGAACGUGAACACUGCACAGGGGGUAUUUAUCGAGAUGUUCCUUACUAGUUUCUUGGUACUUGCCGUCCUGAUGCUAGCAGUCGAAAAAGAUCGUAGUACGGCGUUUGCUCCGAUCGGAAUCGGCAUGACGCUCUUCGCUUGCCACUUGUUCGGAGUAGUGUACACCGGAGCGGGAAUGAACGCUGCCCGAGUUUUUGGCCCGGCCGUCGUGUCGGGCUUUAAUUCGGAUCACUGGGUGUACUGGCUCGGUCCAUUUUUGGGAUCCCUACUUGCGACUUCUCUUUAUGCGUUCUUGAAACAUAUCGAGUACUGGAAACUCAACCCAGGGCAAGAUGUUGACGAUUUCGAUCAAUCGCCACCUGACCCUGUUGCUCGCGUGUGGGCUAUAAAUUGGAAAGGAUUAUGGGACAGCGACGGCUCUUACCACAUCACUUCUGAGCUAACACACGGCCCUCUCAUUCUCACCCAGUCGAACAUGGGAAAUGGGAAAAGGCGUACACCUUCCACGUUGGCUAAUAGCGACAGUAGCGAGGUUGUGGAGAAACAUGCGGGUCGUGUCGAAGAGGUUUAAAUCAAGAAAUCACUGCAGGACAG